AUUAAGACCCGGGCGGGAAACUCGAAAAACACUCCUAAAAUGGCUCACGGCGGCGGCGGCGGCGGAGGAGGAAGAGGGGGAGGGAGGAUAAACGUGUUGAACGUGGCGGAGAAACCCUCAGUGGCAAAGUCAGUCUCAGAAAUUUUAUCGCGGAACCAGCAGUUGAUUUCGAGGCGAGGGCGGUCCCAAUUCAACUGCAUUUUCGAGUUCGAUUACGUCAUUCGCGGGCAGCCUUGCCAUAUGUUGUUCACCUCCGUCCUUGGCCAUCUCAUGGAGCUCGACUUCGAUGACCGCUACCGGAAAUGGAAUUCUUGUGACCCAGUCGAUCUGUACCACGCAACUGUUCGUAAAUUUGUCCCUGAGGAUAAAUUAAAUAUCCAACGGACGCUCGAAGAAGAAGCUAGAAAGUGUCAGUGGCUUAUCCUGUGGCUUGAUUGUGACAGAGAAGGGGAAAAUAUUGCUUUUGAAGUGAUUGACGUCUGCACGAAAGUAAAUCGUAAUCUUGAUAUAAAGAGGGCUCACUUCUCAGCAUUGAUUGAAAGGGCGAUUAAAGACUCGGUGCAGAACCUCGUAAUGCCUAAUAAGUUGUUUGCGGAUGCAGUUGACGUUAGACAAGAGAUAGACCUUCGCAUUGGAGCCUCUUUCACUCGCUUCCAGACUAUGUUGUUAAGUAAUGCGUUUGUACUUGAUGCAUCUACAAAUACAGAUGGCAGAAAUCUUGUUUUGAGUUAUGGUCCUUGCCAGUUUCCUACUCUGGGCUUUGUUGUGGAACGCUAUUGGGAAAGAGAAGCACACGAACCUGAAGACUUCUGGACCAUUAAUUGUACUCACAGGUCAGAAGAAGGCACUGCCACCUUCAAUUGGAUGCGCAACCAUUUGUUUGAUUACGCAUGUGCAUUAGUAAUUUAUGAACUGUGUGUUGAUGAGCCCACUGCAACUGUCACAGAUGUCAGACACCAAGAAAAAUUAAAAUACCCUCCAUAUCCUUUGAGUACGAUAGAGCUUGAAAAGCGUGCAUCCCGUUACCUUCACAUGAGUGCUGAGCACACUAUGAAGGUGGCAGAAGAUUUGUACAAUUGGGGAUUCAUCAGUUAUCCUCGCACGGAGACUGAUCGCUUCUCGUUGGAGACUGACUUGCGUGCCAUGGUGAGUGAACAGCAAGGGCAUGAGAGAUGGGGCUCGUAUGCCCAACGCUUGUUGGAUCCUGAAGCAGGGGUUUGGAGAAACCCUGGUAAUGGUGGACACGAUGACAAAGCACAUCCUCCUAUUCACCCAACAAGAUUUUCAAAUGGUGAAUCUAACUGGACUCAGCAGCACCAUAAAGUGUAUGAACUGGUUGUUCGGCAUUUUCUGGCCUGUGUUUCUCAACCAGCCAAAGGGGCUGAAACAGCUGUCCAUGUUGACAUUGCUGGAGAAAAGUUUUCUUCAACUGGAAGAGUAAUACUGGAAAAAAAUUACUUGGAUGUAUAUAUCUAUGAAUCAUGGGCAGGUUCUCUGAUUCCCACGUACACUCAUGGGCAACAGUUUAUGCCAACCACUUUGACUCUGGAUUCUGGUGUUACUAGACCUCCACCUCUCUUAACUGAAGCUGAUCUUUUGACAUGUAUGGAUAAGGCUGGCAUUGGUACAGAUGCAACAAUGCAUGAUCAUAUAAAGAAGUUGCUUGAUCGAAGUUAUGCAAUAAAAGAAAAUGCUUAUUUCAUCCCAACUGAUUUGGGGCAGGCACUAGUAAUGGGAUACGAUGACAUGGGAUAUGAACUAUGGAAACCUUAUCUGCGUGCGAGGAUGGAGUCUGAUAUGAAAGACGUUAGCAUUGGAAACAAGAGAAGAGCUGAGGUUUUGGAUGCUUGCUUACAGCAGAUGAAGGCCUGCUUUAUAGAUGCUCGUGCCAGGAAAGAAAAAUUGUUUGAAGCAAUGGGAAAUUUCUUUGAAAGGUCAAAUAGAUCUAGUAACAAUGACCAGACUUCGGGUGGAGUUGUCAGGAAAUGUGAUCUAUGCCAUAACUCAGACAUGGUGCUUAAACAAAAGCCAGAUGGAAAUUUCAUGGUUGGAUGCUUGGGUUACCCCCUAUGCAGGAAUGUUGUCUGGCUUCCUGGAUCCAUAUCCCAAGCAGUAGUUACCGGAAAUACUUGUCUUACUUGUACUCCAGGGCCAGUUUUCAAAAUUCAGUUUAAAUUCCGGCGGCUGGAAAUACCUCCAGAUUACAAUGCUGAUCACCUAGGUUGCAUUGGAGGAUGUGAUGAUACUUUAAAGCAACUGAUUGAUAUUUGUGGAACUGGCGCCCGCAAUACUUCCAGCACUCCUGGUAGAGGACGUGGUAAUCCUACAUCUUCUAGCAGUGGUCAGCGAAGUAAUUCUAGAGGACGGAUGGCUUGUAUAUACUGCCGUCAAACAGGGCAUUCUUCAGAUGUUUGUCCUUCACAUAUUUCUCAAAGUAAUCGAAGAACUCAGGGAUUUGGCCAGCAAAAUGGUAGAGGACAAGGUAAUUCUACAUCUUCCAGUAUCGGUGGGCGAAUUAAUCCAAGAAAUCAGGAUUUCGGCCGACAAAAUGGAGAAGCUUCAAUUCCUUGCAGCUCAUGUGGGUCACCUUGCACUCUGCUGACUUCUAAUUCUGCCCGUAACCCAGGGAGGAAGUUCUAUUCUUGCCAAGCAUGCAGAAACUUUAACGGUUGGGAAGAUAUGCUGAGUGGUGGCGGAAGUGUUCCACGUCCAAGUGGCUUUGCAUCUAAUGCAAGGAGAGGUGGCCGUGCUAACAGAAGUGGGGGAGGGCAUGGGAGCAGCGGUGCAUUUGUUUCAGCAACUGGCGAACCAGUAUCUGGCAGGUGCUUUAUAUGUGGUGAUCCAUCACAUUUUGCAAAUGUCUGCCCAAAUCGAGGGAGAUAAGACUUACAGCUACGAUUUUGGAAGGAACAUCACAUCAAGACCAAGCCUUUUUAACUUGUUCAGUUGGUUGUACACGGAAACGCUUGAAGGGGGUGCUUACAAUGUCUAAGAACUUGGUGAUACAACAGUAAAACCUCUGCUAGGAAGCACUUGAUUUCUGAGGCAUAAUUUUCUUUCUGGAAAAGGUACCCAAAUACAGGUUUGUUUUUAGAUGUUUUAAAAUCUGGGUUGACCAGCAUGAUGUUAUCUGUUCAUUUAUAAGCAGCUAAUUCACUUUUAAGUUAGAUACUAAUCAUUUGUAAUUGGGUAUCUAGGUUGUUGGAAAGCUUAUUCACUUUUUAGGUUUUAGGCUUUGUUGUAGUUCGAUAGUUAAAUUGUUGCGAUGUCAGUAGUUGUCUAAUUGCCCAUUGAACUGUUGCAUUUUGCCAUCUAAAUUUAGCAGGAAGACAUUUAACUGGA